ACCCAUCCCCACAGGAAACGUUCUCCUUCACUGCCACUGCCCACUUGCGCAUAUAACGAGGAGAACAGAGCUCGCUCGCUCCACUCUCCCACGAAUCAGUCCGGCUAACACUUUCAGCAUGGCAUCUCCCUCUCCUUGGCUACUCCUCAUCCUCAUCGUCACGUUAUUGGCGGCAGCGGAGGCGGUGGAGACAGAAACAACCGCCUCCGGCCCCGCGGGGAAGAAGACUUACAUCGUCCGCGUCGACCACCGUGCCAAGCCUUCCGUGUUCCCCACUCAUGCCCACUGGUACGGCUCCGCAAGCUUCUCCGGUGGCGGCGCCGAUCCGCUUCCGCUCCUCCAUGUGUACGACACCGUCUUCCAUGGUUUCUCCGCGUCCGUCACUCAGGACCGAGCCGCUGCCCUCGCCACCCACGCUAAUGUCCUUGCCGUCUUCGAGGACCGCGUCCGCCGCCCGGACACCACACGGUCCCCCCAGUUUCUCGGCCUCCGCAACCAGGUCGGCCUUUGGUCCGACUCCGACUAUGGCUCCGACGUCAUCGUUGGCGUCCUCGACACAGGCGUUUGGCCCGAGCGCCGCAGCUUCUCCGACCGCAACCUGGGCCCCGUCCCGUCCCGGUGGCGCGGCACCUGCGAGACCGGCCCCGGCUUCCCCGCCUCCCUAUGCAACCGCAAGCUCGUCGGAGCCCGCUUCUUCUCCAAGGGCCACGACGCCGCCUUCGCAGCCGGCAGCGGAGGCAUCAACGAAACGGUCGAGUCGCGCUCCCCGCGUGACGCCGACGGCCAUGGCACGCACACUGCUUCCACCGCCGCCGGCCGCCACGUGUUCCAGGCGAGCAUGUCUGGCUAUGCAGAGGGCAUUGCCAAGGGCGUCGCGCCGAAGGCCCGCGUGGCCACCUACAAGGUCUGCUGGAAGGGCUCCGGGUGCCUAGACUCCGACAUCCUCGCAGGGUUCGACUGCGCCGUCGCGGACGGCGUAGACGUCAUCUCGGUCUCGAUUGGUGGGGGCGACGGCAUGGCCUCGCCUUACUACCUCGACCCCAUCGCCAUCGGCUCAUAUGGCGCCGUCUCCCGGGGUGUAUUCGUCGCGUCCUCCGCCGGCAACGACGGUCCCACCUCUAUGUCCGUCACCAACCUCUCCCCUUGGCUCACCACCGUCGGCGCGGGCACCAUCGACCGAAACUUCCCGGCCGACGUCGUGCUCGGCGAUGGCCGCCGCCUGUCUGGCGUCUCCCUUUACUCGGGGAAGCCCCUCGCAGGCACAAUGUACCCGUUGGACUACCCUGGCAGGUCCAGCGGCCUGUCCGCUUCCCUCUGUAUGGACAACUCCCUGGACCCCAAACUUGUGGCGGGCAAGAUCGUCAUCUGCGACCGAGGCAGCAGCCCGCGCGUGGCCAAGGGGCUCGUCGUGAAGGACGCGGGUGGCGUAGGGAUGAUCCUUGCAAACGGCGCGUCCAACGGCGAAGGCCUCGUCGGCGACGCCCACGUUCUCCCGGCUUGCGCCGUCGGCUCCGCUGAGGGCGAAACCAUCAAGGCUUACGCCACCUCUGCCGCUUCCCCCACUGUCACUAUCCAGUUCAAGGGCACCAUCCUCGGCGUCAGGCCGGCGCCGGUAGUGGCAUCCUUCUCCGGCCGUGGCCCCAACGGACUGACCCCGGCGGUCCUCAAGCCAGACCUUAUAGCUCCCGGGGUCAACAUCCUUGCGGCCUGGACCGGCUCUUCGGGGCCUACUGGGCUAGAGUCCGACGGCCGGAGAACGGAGUUUAACAUCCUCUCUGGGACGUCGAUGGCGUGCCCGCACGUGAGCGGCGCGGCGGCCCUGCUGAAGUCGGCCCAUCCGGACUGGAGUCCGGCAGCAGUCCGGUCGGCGAUGAUGACCACGGCAAGCCUCGACGACAACCUCCGCCGGUCGGUGACCGACGAGUCCACGGGAAGGCCGGCGACGCCUUUCGAUUUCGGGGCCGGGCACCUGAACCUGGACCGGGCCAUGAACCCGGGUCUGGUCUACGACCUUUCGGACCAGGACUACGUGGCCUUCCUGUGCGCCAUCGGGUACGACGCGAAGACGGUCCAGGUGAUCACCCACGCCCCGGCAGCCUGCCCCGCGAGGAGGCCGUCGAUGGAAGACCUGAACUACCCGUCGAUCUCGGUGGCAUUCAACGGGGCGGAGUCGAACCAGAGCAGGAGGGUGCGGAGGACGGCGACGAACGUGGGUGCGGGUGCAGGAGCGGUGUACCAGGCGAGGGUGGAGAUGGCGGCCGGGCAGGGGUUGUCGAUCGCCAUAAAGCCGAGGAAGCUGGUUUUCACGGCCGGGGCGAGGCGGCAGAGUUUCGCGGUGACGGUGACGGCGGCGGCGGAGGCCGCGAUCGGGGGCGCUGGGGCGAGGUACGCUUACUUGGUGUGGUCUGAUGGGGAGCACGAGGUGCGGAGCGCAAUCGUGGUCUCGUGGAUGCAACCGCUCUAACGUACGACAAACAUGGCAACCGGAAGCGAACUGUCGGUGGUUGGGUAGACCGGACUAGCCGGAAUUAAUUAGCACUAGGCCGGCCCGGACCGACCGGUGGAUUUGCUAGUUUACUCCAGUUAAAGCUCUGUAGUUUUCCUGCUUCACAGCAUGGAAAAAAGUAAGGAAGAGAUGGUGAUGGUAAAAGUUGGCGAGGAAGGUAAGAUAUGGUGGAGAUCAGGAGAUGAAAGCGUAAAGCUUUAUUUGGCUUUGUCUCUUUCUUUUCAGAAGAAUGAAGGAAGAAGAAAAGGAAAUAGUAAUGCUUUUGGUGGGGUUCGCCUCUCACGUGGUGGUGGGUGGAAGCCUCCAGUUGUGUGUUUAGCGCGAGUGGCGGAGCACCGGCGUUCUGUCGGCGGUCAUCUCCAUUGUACGUUUGGACUUCUUGUAUUGCUAGUACAAGAUGGUGUGAUAAAGUCGUGACUCUUGUUGGCUGUUUGGAUGUAAUGGUUUGGUGUUUCCAUAGUCUCAACAUACGUUCGAUCGCUUGUUGGUGA